AUGACUCUAGCAGACGACGCGGCCUCGCAGUCCCCUGGUGCCAAGGGAAGAACCCUUUCGGAGAUCCCGAAGGUGUUCGCCCGAAAAGCUCAGGGAAGACAGCGAGGAACUCCCAUUCGCAGACGGAAAUUGCGGAAGCAGUCGAAGCGAUUGUGGCGUGCACAGUACGCUUCGGUGAUGAACCCGGGUUGGAUAGAUGUCCCAGUUGAUGCAAAAGGAGGCUACUGUCCCGUCUCACUCUCCCUUCGUUUUGGCUUUCAUCUCAACUCGGACGCAUCGCCGUGUGAAUCGGCCCUAACUCUGUUGUGGUGUGCCUCGGCCUGCUGCAUCUCUAUCCCUUUCCUCUAUCUCUACUUGUUCCGGCUCCGCCCCAUCGUCCUCGACAUGGUCUUCCGGAGACAAUCGGAACGGGAGAGCUCAGUGGCUGCAGUGAGAGGGAUGAAGGUGGAGGACAGCCUGGCCAGCGAUGGGGAUGGAGAACUCCUCUGGUGCUCCGACUACAGCCAGUAUCAGAUGGGAGGAGGGAUGGGUGUGGGUGGAUCCCCAGCCACCGGGGGAGGACUGAGUCUGAGUACGAGCGGGGUCACUUACGAAGACUGGGAUGCCAAGCUCGCUCUCAUCGACUUCUCCCGUGAUGAUCUCACUCAGUUCCUUCAGGACAAUGCCUCCCAGAUGAGUCGUGUGAAGGACUCGGCUGGGGAGAUGAUGUCUUCAAUGAGCAGUUCCAUACUCCAAGAAUGGCGUCGGACUGGAAAAACCCAGGAUCUCACACUGGAUUCAACGGGUGGAGAGAUCUCGGACGGCUCCUUGUUCUCUCCGAUGAGGGAAGGAGCCUUCAGCGUGGAUUCCUUGGAUUGUAGCACCAUGUCGGGUCGGGACCUGACCGUCACGUGUCAAGCCAACAAAGACCACUACACUCUUGCCUUUGAUGAUCUUCCUUUGCAGUCUCGAGGACAAUCCAGGCAAGAAGAAAAGCGAGAGGAGAGGACCGCCAUGACCCAGAGCGUCGGGGGUCGUCUCUUCACAACUUGGUGUCGUUUGAAAGAUGACAAGAGCUUCAGCCUCCCUGACCUAGAAAAGAAGAAACUGUACGAUGUCGUUCUGGGGAAACGGGUGUCCACAUCUCUUCUGAGAGCGUGGACGUCGGCCAGGAUCUCAGAAUCCACAUUUGACACUGCCAAAGACGAUCCAGGCACCCUGGAUACCGUGAGCAGUGGGAUCUUGAUGCAGGACUCUUCCCCUCAGCUCACUUGUACUAGUAUUCAGACCUCGAUCAGCGGAGGGAAGAAAACAGUAUACGUCUACUUUCCCAGCUACGCCCUACCGAACCUAGACUUCAUCAAAAAUCCAGAUGCAGACGUGUAUCUUGUGGGUCGAGGUUUACCGAAGUCCAAAGAAGAAGAGAUCCUGCCAAGAAGGAAGAAACAUCUCUCUGUCGACGACCUCGAGGUCCUCAAGAAACGGGACUUGUCGAAAAUCAAAGACUGGAAGAGCCUCCAAGUAUUAUUGCCCUCUGACGUCAAGGAGAUCCUUGGUUGCUGCGACGAAGAAGACGAGAAGUCGUCUUCGCCGAGAUUCACUCCGGAGAUUAAGUUCCGCAAAACACGACCGCGUAGCUGUGAUGCAGCCGUCUUGCAGAAGACACCCGAGGAAGCGGAUCGUGUGGAUCCGGGAGGACGACCGAAGGGGAUCCUGAGGAAGACUCCGUCGGGAUGCGAAGACGAUUCUCGACGCUCUUCGUUCAUCUGUCGCAGCCAUAGGGAAUCCUUCGUCUUGGACAGCAGACUCAAACUGGCCGGAGAAAGCAUGUGCGUGGAUGACGUUACGGAUCGAAAGGGCGACCGGGUGGAGCACACUCCACGACCCAAGAUCCUCGACCUCCGGCAGAAAGCCACGGAGAUGAUGGGCGUGACGGAGACCCUGGAGAGACGGUUUCACUCCGAGGGGAACAUCCUCGAAGGCAGCGAGGACGACGCGUCUCAACAGAGCUGUGAUUGCGGAUGCCAUCGAAGACGCAAGAGCGUCAGCUUUGCCAACAUGAAUCACUCCAUCACUUGCAAGGAAUGUCGUCUACCAAGAGUGGCAUCAACUGGCUUCUCUCUGCCCAAUACUCCAAUGAGAAAUGAAUGGAGCUUCUGCAUGGUACAUUCUCCAACAUCGACUCCAGCUGGCAUUCGUCACCUGCAAGACCUGGUGAGGAACAUGAGGAAGGCAGUGGAGAGCUUCACAUGCUGUGAGUGGCAAGAGUUGAACUCACUGCACAACUGGGUAUUAGAAGAGCUAAGCCCUACUCUCUAUGCCAUUCUGAGUGAUGGCCUCUUUCCCAAAAUCAACACACUGUUUGGACCAGUCCAGAAUUCAGUCUGGCGUGUGGUUGAGACCACCUCUCAAGCAGGGCUCUGUACCAAGGCAUUGCAGGACCUGGUACUUCACCUAAACACAGAUGAGCAUCUUGUGGAGGGUCCACUCAAGUUCAAUGCAUUUAUCUGUGGUCUUCUCAACAUUGGAAGUCUGACAUCAUGGCUUUCAUACCUGAGAACACGGGAGAGUGCAAUCCACAAACAUUAUGCUCCAUGCUCCUUUCUAUAUUUGUCCAAUGGACCUGCUCGGUCUCUCUAUGAUCAGAUCCUUGGAGCCGCAAAGGUGCUAGAUGCUCAUCCAUUCCAGCUAGACCUUCUGCAUGAGUCAAGACUCUUACAUCAGAGACUUCAGAUGAUGGGAGAAGAGCUGAAACGUCACCUGAGCCUCGAGAAGUUGGCAGUUACCCCAGAGCAUGAGAAAGUAGGGAAGACACUUCGUAAAUCUCAUUCUCAUGAUGCACUGGAGGAAAGAGACAGAGGGGGAGAAGAAGGAAAUGGUGCAAUAGAUCGAGGGAGCUUUAGUCGUCUCCGCCGGAAAUGGGAAUUGUGGAGUGGAAAUAAGAAUAACAAUGCAGGUGCCCUGCCCAACAAGAGCAAGAUCCCAAGGCCAGUGAGCGCCCGUAUAUCUCGGGACCGGGAGCGCAUUCCUGAAUCUCCCAGUCCCAUGGACAUUAGCAGCUGCAGUAGCUCUGUGUCAGGGGGAAGUGCACCACGCCUGUCACGUCCAGCAUCAGUUGCUUCACCAUCUGGUUCUGCAAUCCCCAUUCUCAAUCCCCAGAAUCAAUUUCAUUCUCAACUGAAUGGCAACAUGAAUCAAAGAUCGGGGACGCAACGAGGACUCGUGUCAAGAGAUGCUGUGGAAAUCCCUUCCCCUCUUGGGCAGGGGCAGUGA